AUGGCGGAUAAAGCCGCCCGUAACAUCGGGUCGGGUGAGCAACCGCUUCCCAUGAAACUGUUUGCGACAUGGGAGGUGGAGAAAUCAUCGCCGAACUGCAUACCAAGGCUGUGCAGUCUGACAUUGACCAGGCUUAUCGUGUUUCGGUCUUUGGAGAGUGAAUUAUCCUCCCUUUUGAUUGCUGUCAAAGUACAGAACUCAAAGAGAAUUUUACGGUCCAAUGAAAUCAUUGUACCACCAGGCGGUUUGUUGGACACAGAGCUGGACUUAUCAUUUUCCCUACAGUAUCCUCACUUCCUGAAGCGAGAUGGCAACUGGUUGCACGUCAUGCUGCAGAGAAGAAAUAAGUACAAAAACAGAACCAUCCUGGGCUUUAAAACUCUGGCGAUUGGUCGGGUCAAUAUGUCUAAGGUGCUUCAAUGUUCAAUGGACAGAGAGCUAAAUUUAUAUAGUGAUGUGAAAGAACAGACGAACCCUGUUGCCUGCUUGGUGUUAUUAGGGUUGACCAGCCAGCCGGUUGAUCAUGAAAUUGGUGGUCACAGGAAGCAUGCUUCUUCCGAUGUUGAUCGCUCACCUGACAUUGACAAUGACAGUGAUGAUGAUGAUGGACCAGAGUACAAUGACUAUUCAUCCAAUGAUGACAUGAGCGACAGUGAACCAACCAUGACAGAACAUGAAGUACGAGCCAGGCAAAGAAAGCAUAGCAGAUCCAAGAAUCGUCCAGUCGUUGGGCAAAGGAAUAUUAAACAGAAAAUUAGAGCCCUGUUAAAGAGAUUCAAGGUUUCAGAAGAUGUUCUCACCACAUUGGACUCGGAGGCUGAUCAUGACCAGAUUCCGAAUCCUCAAGAGCUGGAUGAUUUGUUUGAUGAACUGGAGGACUCCGAUAGUGGACCAGAGCUGGAUACCAUCAGUGUGAUGUCCACGCCCAAGCCUAAAUUACGGUUAGCUUGUAAGUGGCGCAAUUCAGACUUCGAGUGUGAUCCUUUCGAUUCAUAUAAUGCAAGAACAAGGGACUCAUUGCCCAAACCCCGUGCCCUGCGACGCAAAAGCAAGGAAUUUUACAGAGACAAAGUUCGAAGCAUUUCUUUUAAGGAAAAGACCAACAGUAUGGAAUGGAUUCAUCCACGCAGGAGUAGUUUAGGAGAGGAUCGUUGUUUGCCUCGCAGAGCUCUUCUAGAACAGCUCAGUUCAGUGUUUGACAGCACCGAGGAUCACCUGCCAGACUCUGUCUUUCUGGUGAAUACCUCAGAGUGGCAAGGCCAGAUGCUUGCUCAGAAAGUACAGGAUCGGCAGCUGAAGUUGAUAUGUACCUGCACUGAGGCAGACGUCAAGGCAGCCGUUUUCUACUUGGUCACCAAAAUUCAGAAAUUUUGUAACAGCAAUGCACGAUCAACAGUUCCAAUCAAGGUGGGAGUGGUCGGUGGAGAUGCAUACAUAAACUCUGUGCUGCGACCCUAUGUAGAGCAUUUCUCCAACAAAUCCCCAGACUGGCAGAACUACAUCAGAUUUCUAGUUAUCCCAUUCG